AUGUCCUCCCGCAGCCCCCGGCCCCCGCCCCGCCGCUGCCGCCGCCGCCUGCCGCGCCCCUCCUGCUGCUGCUGCUGCUGCCGCCGCUCACACCUCAACGAGGACACGGGCCGCUUCGUGCUGCUGGCGGCGCUCAUCGGCCUCUACCUGGUGGCGGGUGCCACCGUCUUCUCGGCGCUCGAGAGUCCGGGCGAGGCGGAGGCGCGGGCGCGCUGGGGCGCCACGCUGCGCAACUUCAGCGCGGCGCACGGCGUGGCCGAGCCGGAGCUGCGCGCCUUCCUCCGGCACUACGAGGCCGCGCUGGCAGCCGGCGUCCGAGCGGAUGCGCUGCGCCCGCGCUGGGACUUCCCCGGCGCCUUCUACUUCGUGGGCACAGUGGUGUCGACCAUAGGUUUCGGCAUGACCACCCCAGCCACGGUGGGCGGGAAGGCCUUCCUCAUCGCCUAUGGGCUGUUCGGCUGCGCCGGGACCAUCCUGUUCUUCAACCUCUUCCUGGAGCGCAUCAUCUCGCUGCUGGCCUUCAUCAUGCGCGCCUGCCGGGAGCGCCAGCUGCGCCGGAGCGGCUUGCUGCCCGCCACCUUCCGCCGCGGCUCCGCGCUCUCGGAGGCCGACUGCCUGGCAGGCUGGAAGCCCUCGGUGUACCACGUGCUGUUGAUCCUGGGCCUGUUCGCCGUGCUGCUGUCCUGCUGCGCCUCGGCCAUGUACACCAGCGUGGAGGGCUGGGACUACGUGGACUCGCUCUACUUCUGCUUCGUUACCUUCAGCACCAUCGGCUUCGGGGACCUGGUGAGCAGCCAGCACGCCGCCUACCGGAACCAGGGGCUCUACCGCCUGGGCAAUUUCCUCUUCAUCCUGCUUGGCGUGUGCUGCAUCUACUCGCUCUUCAACGUCAUCUCCAUCCUCAUCAAGCAGGUGCUCAACUGGAUGCUGCGCAAGCUGAGCUGCCGCUGCUGCGCGCGCUGCUGCCCCGCGCCCGGCGCGCCCCUGGCCCGGCGCAACGCCAUCACCCCGGGCUCCCGGCUGCGCCGCCGCCUGGCCGCACUCGGCGCCGACCCCGCGGCCCGCGACAGCGACGCCGAGGGCCGCCGCCUGUCGGGCGAGCUCAUCUCCAUGCGCGACCUCACGGCCUCCAACAAGGUGUCGCUGGCGCUGCUGCAGAAGCAGCUGUCGGAGACGGCCAACGGCUACCCGCGCAGCGUGUGCGUCAAUACGCGCCAGAACGGCUUCUCGGGUGGCGUGGGCGCGCUGGGCAUCAUGAACAACCGCCUGGCCGAGACCAGCGCCUCCAGGUAG